GGACACUCGUAGAAGCAUACUAGAGAAGGAAUAACAUAGGCUGUAGGUCUUCUGUCCUUACUACACAAAUCCGUAUCUGGAAUCUGAAUCUGAAUGGCCGCAACGUUUGAAUGCUGACGUUUAAAGGCUUCUUAGAAGUGCAGUUGGUGGGAGGUACGUAAUACGAUUGACAUUUUUUACCAUGUUAUAUGAAUAUGUGGAUAUACAAUAUAAGGAGAACUGUACCUGAAUACAAAAACCGUUUUUUGUCUGACACAUCGGACGUUCUCAUUCAUUCGAAACCUUAUGCCUAACACUUGCUCAGCCUGCCCGAAGAAAUUUACUCUUCCAGAAACUGGUUCUGGCAUUUGUCAGUCGUGUAAUGAAUUUUAUUGUUCAGCCUGUUCUUCAACUGGUCCAGAUCGUACAAUUUUAUGCAACCGGUGCAGAGUUUUACAGUCAAAUCAAGCCAGCUGGGAUUCAGUAAUGGGUCUUAAUAUCCGUGAUUUAAAAUGGUUUAUGCGACGUCGUAAUAUACCGUUCGUUGGUCUGAUUGAGAAAGAGCAAUUUGUGGAUGCAGUGCUGAACAGUCUAGGCAUUACCACCCGAAGUACAAAUGCUGAUGACCAUUUGUUUCCAGACUCAACAAAACGUAACGUUAAACUUGAAGACUUGAUUUCAGAAGAAUCCAUUGAAAAUCUUUCUGUUCGUCAGAUCAAAGAUCUUUUAGUCUACAAUUUUGUUGACUUCACUCAUUGUGUGGAAAAAGCUGAACUUAUUGCCAGAGCGAAACAGUUAUGGCGCAAUUACAAACAGCAACAACCACUCAUAUUUGAAGCUCAAGAAGCAGUAGAGUUUGAAGAUUGUCAGAAUGCUGGAACAUCGAGUGAGAAAUGUCCAGUUGAUUUGAAUAAUGAAUGCGGGGUUUGUAUGGAAGCUCCAGUUAAUUGUGUCUUUUUAGAAUGCGGUCAUUGUUUUCUUGUGUUGAUUGCGGAAGAAAGCUGACUGAAUGCCCACUAUGUAGACAAAGCAUUGUUCGCGUUGUACGUACAUUCCGUGUCUAACAUUUUCAAAUAAACCAUUCUGUAAUAUACUUAAAUAUCGAUGUAUAACCUUUAGCAUGAACUUUAUUGCACUUGUUUUUAGAUUUCAGUUAUAAAACACUCAUUCCACUUUGUGUACACUAAAUUGGAGCUAAAAAAAAUAGGGCUACUUGGUUC